AUGGGCAUCCAUGCUGUUGGCGUCAUGCGAGAGGCUCUCAAUAGAGAUGCCCAACAUGCUACUAUCGCCAAGUUCAUUCAAAAUGAACUUGACGCUGAACGCGAUAAAGUAGCCUUGCUUCACCAACAAGGUUCUCAACAAUCAGGGUUGUUGAGAGAACAGGGUGUUCAACAGUUUGAACUGUUGAGACAGCAGCAGGCUGCUGCUGGUGGGUCGAUGCACUCGCGUCGACCCGAGACUUUGAAGAUUGACAUCUCUAAGGCGCGUCGCAUCGACGACGGGGAAAUGCAAGUUGCAUUUGCCCAGUCAAAUCUGGCAGGACGUGCCAAGACUUGGGCACUGGGGCUCAAGUUGCACGACCCAUAUGCAUUUGGGUCGUUAGAAGUUUUCAAGUUGCGGCUCAGACAAACGUUCAAACCGCCUAGAGCUGAGUUCAGAGCUCGAACCGAACUCUUGAAGCUCAAGCAGGUUAAGCGUGAUGUGCACGCUUACGCGCAACAUAUACGACAUCUCACGAGUUGUAUAAGUUCCAAUCCGGUGGAUGAACACACGUUGGUUUCGGUGUUCAUGAAGGGUCUUGCGGAUGGUCCCGUCAAGACUCACCUGUUCCGGCUUGAACUAGAUUCACUAGAACAAGCCAUUUCCAUUGCGGAACAGGAAGACUUCAGUCUGAGACAGGCUCGCGCCAGCUCGACAUCAUAUCGUCAACCGAGACGAUAUGACAAUGGAGGUCCAGAGCCGAUGGAACUCUGUUAUGUAGAGAGCGAGAAGGCUCACUCUACAGACUACAAGAAGUUCCAGAAAUGCAACAGAUGUCAGAAGACAGGACACUACGCUUACGAGUGUAGUGCCCCUCGUCCAGUGUCUCGCAACACUGGGCGUAGUGACCGUCUACCCAUGAGAAAGGGGCAGGGACGCGGGUCCGCUGUUGGUGCAAAGACGCAACAACGGGAUGGACCGUCAAAAAACGGACAGGAUCAGUAG